GGGAUUUCUGUAAUAAAUGUUACUUACAAACAUUAUGAAGGUUCAGUUGAUGUAUUCGUAAAUAGAAGUACUUGGAUUUGAAAUUUUUGUAAAUACUAAGAAGCAUUUUAUUGAGAAAAAUUUCGGAAGUAUUCUAUUGUGAAAACAGGGCUUGAAAUACCAGGUAAUGUCAAUAUCUUGUAAUUUAAAUGCAAGAUUGUUUGAGAACAUGAAUCAGUGAACAAUCUCGUUCGGAGUAGGGUUCAUGUAUACGAACCUAUUUUCCAUGUUUUCUGUUAAAAAGUUACCAUGAGAAUACAUACAUCUUAGCAUGAUAAAAAGAUUGAAAUUAAUCAUGCAUUUGAUUUGGAUUCUGGUUCAUACAACUGCUCUUUUUAAAAUUUCAAGUGCCGUUGAAGGGAUCGUUUGCGGAACUGACGAAUGCUCACCGCCUAUGGUAUACGGGGGUGGCACCCCCACAUUUACCCCAGCCUCUCCUUGCAUAAAUAAUGGUACCAUCAUUAACGUCACGUGCAAUGGGAUACUCUUUGGCCAAUCAGAAUGCGCCUGUGUGGAAUCAGACUAUGUAGAUCCACCACCAACGUGUGAAGAAUAUUACUGUUCCAAACCAGCCGCACCUGACCAUGGAUUCGAGAUCGAACCAAAUGAUGAAUACGUUCUUUACGAUGUCGUCUCUUUCUCAUGCGAUGAUGGUUUUAUUUUAGGAGGAGCUCAGUCAGUAAUGUGCACAGGGAAUGGUGAUUGGCAUCCGUCCAUCCCUAACUGCUAUGAAGACUGUGUAACACCGUUUGUUGCCAAUGGAAACACUAAUGUAGCACCCGGUAUUUCUGUCCAUGAUCAAGAUCAAUUGAAUGUAUCAUGUGACAUCAGCUUCACUCUAGAAGGAGUGAAUCAGGUCACGUGUCAUGAUGGUGAAUGGUAUCCAGCUAUUGGACACUGCUUCAAUAAAUGUGAAUCUCCAGUGAUUCCCAAUUCAGACCAUUCGGUAAACCAUGGUGACGUCGAUCACGGCGACUAUGAGAUCAUUACAUGUAAUACUGGAUACACGUUUGGAUCUGGUUCGGAUUAUUCUUAUCCACUGACGUGUAAUAAUGGAACAUGGGACGCAUCAAUUCAGUGUUCAGCAAAUUGUGAUAGUCCUCAAUUUCCAGACUCCAUGAUGAUUACCCCUGUAGCUCGAGUGGAUGGGUCCUACUACCACAAUGACGUCAUUACAAUCACUUGCGCUCCGAAUCAUGAAGUUAUCAAUGGACCACGAUCUGCAAGCAUGCCAUGUGAUAAUGGACAGUGGACUCCUACUCUUCUACCUGUUUGUAAACAUAUUAAUGAUAGCUGAAUUACAUGGGCAGAAAUCCCAGGGGAGACGGGGGGGGGGGCGUCCCCCUACCCAAAAUAGUAGGGGGACACAAUAUAAAAUGCCCCUCUACUAUUUUGGUCUGUUAUGAUGGAAAGAAAUACAUCUUUCAUACUCGAAAUAAAUCAUGUAUUUUGGUCGAAAUGACCUAACAUUUGUGGUGAUAACCUUUUUUAUUUUUUUGCUUGUCAAAUUUAUUUUGGUCGAAAUGACCUUACAUUUGGGGUGAUAACUUUUUUUUUUGCUUAUCAAAUUUUCUAGUCAUUGGUCCCCUACCUUUAGGGAGAGAUUUCCGCCCUUGGCUAAUUACCAGGUAUGGAUCAGGGGGGGGUAAGGGGGAGGGGCACAUGACCCUCCUUUUGAAGAACUUUUUGUCUUAUAUAUUAGCUAAUUAGCUCUCUCUUCUUUGAAGCUGGUCAGUAAUUGUUGUCCCUCCCCUUUUCAGGCAAAUCGAGGAUCCGGGUAAUUACUUAUUAAAAGCAGAUAUCUCAAAGGUCAUGAUAU